AUGCUGCGUCAGGCCCUGGUUCUGGUGCAGGUCCGAUCUGCUGUGUUUGUCGGCAGGCCGUCGGUGAAGAAGCCGCUGAACGCCUUCAUGCUCUACAUGAAGGAGACGCGACAGCAGGUGCUGCAGGAAGGACAGGAGAAGGAGAGCGCCGCCAUAAACCGCAUCCUGGGACGCCGGUGGCACGCUCUGCCUCCAUCGGAGCAGUCCCGGUUCUACGACCUGGCCCAGAAGGAGCGGCUGCUGCACAUGCAGCUCCACCCCGGCUGGUCCGCCAAGGACAACUACGGAAAGAGGAAGAGGAAGCAGCUGGUGGGAAGCUCUUCCAGGUCAGAGGUCGUCUGCAGCCAGGUGUAGUUCAAUGAUGCAGAGUCAGACAGCAGCGGGUGUAAAGAUUUAUUGCCGAUCUGAAGCUGCACUGCAGUACAGUAAAAAUGAGACGUAAAUGUUUGGCAACGUUAAGAACUGAUUUGAUGAUUGAAACAUUUUUUAAUAAUAUUAGUCAGUUAUUUGUUUCAUCCUGAUAUCACAUCAGAUGAAUAUUGGUCACAGCUGCGAUAUCAAUAUUGAUUUGGAAAUGAAACACGUCUUCAUAAUAUCCUGUUUAAAUCCAUGGAAUCAAUUUAAAUGUUUUAUUUUUAUAAAUGAGGAUUUAAUUCAAUGUUUUCAGUUUAAUUCAUGGAAUCCAAAUAAAUCAUUUUCAUUCCCGACUGGAAUACAACCAACAACCUGACAGU